UCAGACGUCGAAGUAUACUUUUGUUUGAAGUUUCCACGUGCAGUUUCAAUAUUAUAUAAAUUCAAAAACAUGAAUUGCAAAGAAAAAAGAAUAAUCAGAUGAAUCAGCAUUACUAAUAUCUUUCCAAAGUAGUUUGUUUCGUGAAAUUUCGGGGGAAGAUGAUGACAACAUCGUUCAAAUGGUUCAGUUAAUUCAAAAUAAUAUAUAAGUUGAGUUCAUCAAAGGCAAGCCAAAGUAAACAAAAAUUAAGGUUAGAAAGUACCUUUCAACUCUCAGUUGACACUUCAAACUGAACUUUCGUUACAGUUGAGCCAACCUGGCUAACGUUUAAAAUACGUAAAUUCGGCUUCAACCAACAGUUCAAUCUCAACCUACGGUCAAACGGACUUUGUAAUACCGACCCUAAGGAUCCUAACCUUAAAAAUAUUUCCGAACGUUACGUUCAAUUUUCGGUGGAAAUUUCAAAUUCAAAACAUGAUAUAUAAGAACUUGAUUGAUUGAUAUUCAUUACUUUUUUGUGAGCUAAUUCUUCGGUAGUUUUCUUGGUUCCGUCAAAAUCAAAUGAUCUGAAUGCAGAGAAUAGAAGUUGAGAAUAAGCGUCAGCAUGCGCAAACGUACUAAUGCCGCAAGCUGUACAUCACAGUACACAACACAUGACACAUCAAGAAAACUUUUUUACAACACCAAAUAGGCUGUAACAGCAAACACAUCAGCUUUGCCAGUUGAUGCAUAAUCACCAUUUCAACAUAAAAUUAUAAAUAUUAAAUAUUGGUAUUAUUUAUUUUAGCAAUACUUUAUGACAACAACUACUUUUUAGAACUCAAUACAUAUUUGAAUAUAUUUUUGUGAAUAUCUCAUAAUUUAGACACACUUGCGCCAUAAUUUCAUACUAGACAACUCUGUAAAUAUCUGAAUCAAUAACGAAUCAAACAUGUAAUACUCCUAUAAAAACAGUUGAUAUGGGAAAAAACGUCCCGUGCGCCUGCUUCAUACGCACAACUAACUGAAGCGCUCGGAGGAGAGAGAGAACGAUACACUAUUUGUUUCACUUAGGAACUGUCCAUACAAAAGUAUUACAUAUAUGAGAUGAAUAUAUAUGUUAAUUAGAAGUAUUCUCUCAAUUAUACCUGCGUUGCCGAGUCAAACUCUAUUUCUUGCCGAAUCUAACAGUUUCGUUUAUGGUUGUAUAUUAAUAUACUCUCAAUAACAGGAUGACAACCCCAACUGUACAGAUAUACAUACAUCUGUCUCCAUAGUUUGAACUGGAAAUACUAUGCGCAUGUCCGAGAAUAGCGCAUGUUCACAAGCGCAAUUGUAUUUAUAGAUGUUAAAUAUUGAAUGUAACAAUCAAACAUUUUGAAAAUAUAACUACAAUCCUUAGUUAUUUAAAAUAAUUUCAUAUACAUACAUAUGAAUAAUUCAUAAUAACAAAUGAAAAAAAUUGACCGUGCGUGAUUCGAAAUAUGACCCAGAAAUGGUUAGAAAAACUUUGUUAUAAGCCUGGGGUGGAGCUUCUCUUACUACAGUCGCAACGCUUGCGCACAAAGAGUCUGAAUAGGUGAGAUAGAAGAGUAUCGAGAAAACGAUAUGAAUACUAUUUGCUAUUCUUUAUUCCUAGCAUCUCUGAUAAACAAUAACCAAUCCUCAUCUAUAAACGAAAGUAAAGUAAUUAUGAUACUUUUUAACGCCAAAAAUAUGUGUUAAGAACAACAUAAAAAAUAAUUGAAUGCACUAGUUAUUUACUAACUAAUAAAUAAAAAUUUUGGCACUUAUAGAAUGAAACAAUAAAUGAUAUAACCUCACUUAUUGUCUAUAUUAUUGACAUGACGAUAUAUUUGUAUCGAUUUUCAUCUAUCGAUUGGGGAAUAGAAUUUAUUCGAUUUUUUACUUUCACUUGCCUUAAAGCUUAACAUUUUUAACUUUGUUGGUACAAUUUCUUAACUAAAAAUAAUUUUAUAUGUGGUCAAAUUCGUCGCUCGGAAUGAACUACAGGCGAUUGCAUAAGGCUAUACUAUAAUAUAGGUUUUUUCUCGGAUUCCUACGCUUCGAAAUCUGUUUUCUACACGAAUCAGGUUAUGUUGUAGGGAGCAAAAAAAAGCCGCUGUCUUUUGUUUUAGAAAGCCAGCGGCAAGAAAUGAAAUUGUGGAUGAGGCAUAAGCUACACCACAGAAAAAAUCAUUCAUGAUACUGACUAUGGUCAAGUUGUAAUUCAUUCUACGUUAAUUCAUUGGGUCAACAAGACACUGUCAUUGUUUAAGAUAAACUAUUUUAAUCUCAAAUUAGGUAAAGAAUAUAUGAAAAGAAAAAUCUUUAGUAAACUUUAGACACUUUAAACAUAUUUAAAGAUACCCUCUUGCUGCUAGAUAAUACAUAAAAUGAAGGUAAAAGUAACCACUAUGACUGAUUUUACAUUUGAUUUGGACGUGUCUGAAGAUUUAGAAUUGGAAAAUUUUAAAGCGCUCUGCGAGAUUGAAUCUGGUUUUCCGGCUUCUGAAAUUGCAAUAGCCUUGAAAGGUAGACCUUUGAUGGAAAAUGCCAAAUCACUGAAAGAACUUGGAAUUAAGGAUGGAGAUAGUGUCACUCUUCAACAUAUACUAUCUGUAAAUUUUGACGCCAGCAGUAUAGAAAUUUCCAAUAGUAGAAGUAGACGAGUUGAAGAUGAUCCUGUACUUAUUAGAGAAAUGUUUCUUGCAAAUCCUGAACAGCUUGCUCUUUUAAAACAGAAUAAUCCUAGAUUAGCAGAUGCUCUCCUUAGUGGUAACAUAAAUACAUUUGCAAUAGUUCUGCAAGAACAAAAUAGAGCAAGAAAAGAACUUGAAGAACAGAGACUGAGAAUGAUGAAAGCUGAUCCUUUUGAUGUAGAGGCACAGCGUCUCAUUGCUGAGGAAAUACGACAAAAAAAUAUUGAAGCAAAUAUGGAAGCAGCUAUGGAACAUAAUCCUGAAUCUUUUGGUACUGUAGUUAUGCUUUAUAUUAAUUGUAAAGUAAAUGGACACCCAGUUACAGCAUUUAUUGAUUCGGGGGCACAGACAACAAUAAUGUCUAGCCAUUGUGCAGAACGUUGCCAUCUGAUGCGUCUAGUUGAUACUCGAUGGGCAGGUAUAGCUAAAGGAGUAGGUGUACAAAAGAUAAUAGGAAGAAUCCACAUGGUACAAAUCCAAAUAGAGGAUGUUUUUCUUACAACUAGUUUUUCUGUAUUAGAAGAUCAACCAAUGGAUAUGCUGCUUGGAUUGGAUAUGCUAAAAAGGCAUCAAUGUUGCAUUGAUCUCAAAGAGAAUGUAUUGAGAAUUGGUACCACUGGUACAGAAACAAAAUUUUUACCUGAAAGUGAACUGCCAGAUUGUGCAAGACUGAGUAGUUUAUCAGAAGAAGAUAUUAUUCUGAGGUCCAGAAAGGAGGAGGAGACUACUAUGAAAAAUACCGAACAAGGUUACUUGUAUACUGCAUCUAUUUUACAAUUGAAUAUUUCAGACACACUGUAUAUUCCACAAACCUUCAAUAUUCAUAAUCAAUUUAUAAUUCUAUAGGCUAUUUUGUUAACUUGAAGGUUACAAUGAAAAAAUAACCUCACAUAUGUCCUGAUGAGAUUCCAAUAAGAAAUCUCCUCAACACCUCAUUUUAGUUAAUCUCUUCCUUGCAUCAAUGAAGGGAGUAGGGGAUUAACAUUUAAUUCCAGCCUUUGGUAACGCAUUAGGCUUCUCUGUUAUGUUGUUUCUUGUACUGUUGCAAUUAGAAGGUCUUCGUGUAUCAUCUGGUUUGAAACAUAUAGGGAGCAUUGACAAGUGCUCGCAUAAUCUUAGCUGGCACAGUCCCAUAGCUCUAUGUUGUUGUUAAGUCCAGAUUGGAAUGCUGACAGUCCUGUACAAUAAGAUUUUAUUUUCUAAAGACAAUUUUGAUUUUCUGCUUAGUAACCAAUACAUUCUCUCAUUUUAAGGCCUAUUUGUUAUGUGUUACGAUUUGCUUUCGUUACUGUUUAUUCUUCACUUUUUGAGCCAUUCUUCUACUUCGAAUAUAUGUUCUUGUAGAUUAGAGGAUGUUACUAGAGGAUCUUUGUUGGUCGAGAGAAUAACAGUGCCUGUUAUGGUAUUAAUUAGAGACUGGGAGUCUGUCUGAUUCCAGUAAGUUGAAAAAAGGAGUCUGUUUGAUUUUAAAUAGCUAGCUUGACUUAUGUCUCAAAAUACUCCUGAACAAUACUUUUUUUUUUCUAGGGCUACCUAUGUUUAUUUCAUGCGCAAUUCGUUGGCACUUUUGAAUUGUUGAGUAUUUUUGCCAAAAACCAAAUUGAUGUUGUGGAACUAUGUCUAAGUUGAGAUUAAUUCGUUGCAUUAACAAUUUCUCAAUAAGUUUUGAAAUGGUGGGUAACAAGCUUAUUGGUGUGUACAAAGAUGCAUGGGUUAGAUCUUUUCCUGGUUUAGGAAUAAUUAUUAUUACAGAUUUUUUGAAUAUUUUUGGCCAGUUUUGCAGUCUCAAAAUCACGUUAAAUACGCAGGUUAGCAUCAUCUAAAUAUCUUUGAAGAGCCUUGCGGCAAGUCUUUUUCUUGGCUGGUAUCUUCAGUCUACUUGGAAUUACAAAAUUUUAUUAGGAUAUUUAAUGAUGUACUUCCGCCUAUUUUUUCCACUAUUUUAGAAAUAACAACUCACAUUUGCGUUUUAGAUCCCAGAGAAAUUGUUAUUUGUAACCCCAUAAUUAACAUUAUCCAUUUUUCAGAGAGAAAAAGAUUCCGAGAAAACAAAUCCCUCCCUACAACUUCAUCCAGUACUAAAAGAAACAAGAAAUAAACCCCUUCAAACACUCAUCAUUAAUUUUCAAAUAAAUGUUAUUGCAGCAAAUAGCUUCACAAAAUAGUUCAAUAUAUGUUUGUUAUACAUUUUCAAA